AACCUCAGUGUAUCACAAUAGUCAUUGUUUUUCUUACCUCAGCCAUUGAUCUUUCACAAAAGAACCUAACAAGUUCAUCUCUUUUGACCUUCCAAUUCUUUCUUAAGGCAUCACCAAAUAGGUUUAAUUUUAAUUCAAACUACUCUUCUGUUUCUGCAAAUUGUUCUGGUUUUGGCAUUACCACCAUCACCAUUCCCCUUAACCUAAGUCACAUUCUUGAAUAAGUAAGACCAAUUGAUGUUCAAUUGAAAUCAAGAUGAGUUUCGUGCCAAAGGAGACAAUCGAAGUCAUCGCACAGAGCAUCGGCAUCACCAAUUUGUCCCCCGAUGUUGCCCUCGCUCUCGCCCCCGAUCUCGAAUAUCGCAUUCGCGAAAUCAUGCAGGAGUCGAUAAAAUGCAUGCGCCAUUCGAUGAGAACUUUUCUUAGUACAGAGGAUGUAGAUACUGCACUUGCACUUAGAAAUUUGGAGCCGAUAUAUGGGUUCACCUCUAAUGAUCCUCCGAGGUUCAAAAGAGCUGCUGGACAAAAGGAUUUGUUCUACAUCGAUGACAAAGAUGUGGAUAUCAAAGAUCUUAUUGAAGCUCCUUUACCGAAAGCACCCCUUGAUACAUCAAUUACCAGUCAUUGGUUGGCUAUUGAAGGUGUGCAGCCUGCAAUUCCUGAAAACGCUCCAGUUGAAAGCUCCCCUGAGAUAAGAAAAUCUGAAUAUAAGGAAGAUGGGCUUUCUGUUGAUGUUAAAUUACCUGUUAAACAUUUAAUAACAAGGGAGCUUCAGCUCUACUACGAAAAAAUAACUGACCUAACAUUGAAUAAGUCUGGAUCCAUUCCGUUCAGAAGAGCAUUGGUUAGCUUGGCGACGGACUCAGGACUCCAUCCCUUAGUUCCGUAUUUCACAUGUUUUGUUGCCGAUGAGGUGGCACGCAAUUUACAUAAUUUAGCUGUUUUAUUUGCCUUGAUGCGCCUUGUGCGGAGCCUUGUGCAAAAUUCUCAGAUACACAUAGAACUUUAUUUACAUCAAUUGAUGCCGCCUAUCAUUACUUGCCUUGUUGCAAAAAGGAUGGGAAGCAGACUAUCUGACGAUCAUUGGGAGCUUAGGAACUUCAGUGCUAAUCUUGUUGCUUCAAUAUGCCAAAGAUUUGGGCAUAUUUAUCACAAUCUGCAGCCACGUGUGACAAAGACAUUUCUUCAUUCUUUCUUGGACCCUACAAAAGCUCUGCCUCAGCACUAUGGUGCAAUUAAAGGGAUAGAAGCUCUUGGAUCAAGAGUGAUUCACUUGCUUAUACUCCCAAAUCUCGAGCCAUAUUUGCAUCUUCUUGAGCCAGAAAUGCAACCUGAUAAACAAAAAAAUGAAAUAAAGAGGCAUGAAGCUUGGCAGGUUUAUGGAGCUUUGUUGGGUGCAGUAGGCAAAUGUGUGCAUGAAAAGGUAAAAAAUUUCAGCAAUUUGUUCUCUCCUCCAACUCGGCUUACUUCAAGAGGCAGUGGAAAAGCCAUUAUUCCAAUGUCAGGCAAACGAAAAGCCAGUGCCGACAAUCUGAUGCAGCAGCAACCUCCAAUGAAGAAACUUUCAACAGAUGGCCAUGGAGGUGUAAUACCAAUGAACUCCAUGUCAGUUGACAUGCAAGGCUCAACAGGGGGAUUUUCCACCAUGAUGGGGGCUCCUGCAAUGUCGAUGACUCGUCAAAUUUCAACCGACAAGGCACCGGGGAAGGAGGUUGUAGAUCAACGGAGGAAGGUGUCUGCCACUCUUGCUCAGGCUUGGAAGGAUGACAUUGAUGCAGGAAAUUUGGUGUCAUCAGUGGUUGAAUUGUUUGGCGAAAGGGUUUUACCAUUUGUUCCAAACCCUGAAGCAUUUAUGUUUUUGUAGCAGUAGAGUUGCACUGUAGGUAUUUGUUUUUGCAUGUGAAAGUGCAUGCAAUAAGGUGGCAUGCCUCAUAUGACUUGCUGCAGAAUAUAAAUUACCAUAGGCUAGAGUAGAAAUUAACCUGUAUUUAAAUUUGAUAUUGAAGUCAUGGGAAAUGCAUAAGAAAAGCUCAUGAAAAAACCAGUAA